UAACACUGGUUCUCUCUGCACUCUUGAUUGUGAAGCUGGAAUUAAUCGUUUGUGUCUUUUGGCGGUUGCAUUGCUGGAUUUCAAUAUUGCAUACCCUUGUUGUUCAUUGAUGCUACGUUUUUGAAGAGCAAGUACAAGGGGCAGCUUCUCUGUGCUUCGGGAAAGAAUGGAAAUCAAGGGUUUUAUCCUCUAGCUUUUGGAGUUGUUGAUUCUGAGACAGAGGAGAAUUGGACUUGGUUUCUUCAACAUUUGGCUUCUAUAUUGCUACCGAUGGGGAGAGUGGUGACCUUUUUCUCGGACCGCAAUCAAGGUUUGUUAAAUGCAAUGGGGUUUGUGUUUCCCGGAUGGCCUCAUUCUUACUGUUAUUAUCACCUCAAACAGAAUUUGAUAUUAAAGCACCCGAAGUCAGGUUAUGGGAAACUGCUCCAAGACCGUGUUAUCAAUUUAUUUAGUAGAUGCGCAUAUGCUGUUACGGAGGAAGAGUUUAAGGUAGCAAUGGAGGAGUUGGUGAUUGUUGGGAGUUCGAAAGUGAAGGCAUUUAUAUAUGAUUUGUCUAGAGAUCACUAUGCCAACACAUUUUUCAAAGGAAUGCGUUAUGGGGAGAUGGCAAACAGUUUAGCGGAGUCCUUUAAUAAUUGGGUUUGUGUGUUUCGAGAUUUGCCGGUGUUACCUUUGAUAGAAGGGAUUCGACAGAAAUUGAUGGUAUUGAAUUCUCAACGACGAAUUGAAGCGGAGAAGUGGACAACAGUUUUGUGUCCGGAGAUGGAAACUAGACUCUGUGAAAAUGCGGAGGCCGGUAGGACUUGGGUAGUUCGUCGUUCUAAUUGCACUGUUUUUGAAGUAUUUGCUGAUUAUUCUGUGAUGGUUGAUCUCGAGCAAAGGACUUGUUCUUGCCGUCUUUGACAAAUUGACGGUUUUCCUUGCACACAUGCGGUGGCUGCAAUCCUAGCAAAGAGAGAUUCAGUUUAUGAUUACGUUGAGUGUUA